AUGUGCCCGGUGCGCACCGCUCUGCUCCUGGGGCUCCUGGCCCUCGUUCUGCUGAUCCAGACGGCGUCGGCCCACUCCAAACCGCGAGGCCGGUUCCCUGAACUUCCCGACCCGCCCAAGAAGAGCUUCAACAUCUCCAAGGUAUCCAGCCUCCACAUUAUUCGAGCCUUCGUUCUCUAUUUGACUGGGGCGGCUGCCUCCACUCCCAAGGGCGCCUUGAUCAUUCCCAUGGACGACCUCCUGCAAGUGGGCCUCUUCAACCUGCGGUCCUAUGGUCUGGUGCGCACCCUGCUGCACGCCGAGGUGCCGGUGCUGUGGGCCAUCAGGUCCGACAAGACGAAGGACGGCAUCGACUUCUGGGCGCGCACCACGCCCAUCUCCCUCCCCGUGGGUCUCGAGAUCAACUCCCUCAACAUCACCCUCAACCAGCUCAUCGGCCUCGCCACCUCCGCCAUCCCUCUUCCCUUCUUUGCCGGCCCGUUCAUCGUCGAGCGCCAGUUCGUGAACAAGGCGCUCCAAGUGGCCCACAACUUCACCGUGGCAUCACGUGUGAGCCUGGUGGAUAUCCUGCGCCCGCUGACGAAUCUCACCAACAGCCUAGGCUCGUUGACUUCGACCCUGAGCGGCGUCACGAGCGGGCUCACCAGCACCGUGGACAGUGUCACGAGUGGCGUGGGCGGCGUCGUGGGCGGGGUCACGAGCGGAGUGGGCGGAGUCGUGGGCGGCUUCACCAGCGGCGUCGAUGGGACCGAGACCCUCGAAGAUGGCGGGAGCGGCCGACCUGUCGGGCCCUCUUCUCCCUCCAAGAGGGAGCUGCUCGACAUUCUCAACCUGGGAGCAACGGGCGUGGACAAGCUGUUGGGCUUGAUCGUGAGCGACCCGGGCGUGAACCUGUUCCUCCUGCAGGAGAACAUCACCGUGGACGGGGGCCACAUCCUGCUGCACAAGCCCAAGGUGCUGGUCUCCACGGCCGGCGACGCGCAGAACACGCACACCAACAUCCUCAAGGCCGCGGGCCUGGUGUCGGGCAAGCACCACCGCCAGCCCUGCCACUCCAUCAUCACCCAGCCCCACUACGAGUGGGAGGCCGACAAGACGGCCAGCUACUACGCGACCGUCAAGGCCUUCGUGCAGAACGGAGGCAACUUCCUGGCGCAGUCGGCAGCGAUCGACUCCUUCGAGCACCCCAUCCAGGGCUCGGACGCGGGCGGCUUCUUCGCCAAGGGCGGAAUCACCAAGAAAAACCUGGUCAAUUCGCUGCUCGAGACCAACAACCCUCCGGGCGAGUCGGUUUCGGGCUACCUCAACGCCAACCAGGAGUCCGGGUGGUGGCAGAACUCUGGCCACUCGCACGUCUACAACCUCGAGCUCAUCUCCGAUUUGCUUGCUGGAGCGCCCAAUGGACGCUCAGUUCACAUCGCCGCGUCGGCCAAGCUCAACACGUGCAGCGCUGGCUACUGCGUCGCAGAUGAUCAUCUGACCUGCGGCGAGUGCAAGAAAUGCUCGGCGGGUAGCUGUCUCGCCGAUGAGGCGCAAGAAGCCCAGACUUGCCACGAAUGCGGGGUGUGCUCUGUGGGCCAGUGCGUCGCAGCUGAAGCCGAAGGCUCCGAUCUCUAUGCCAAGUGCGGGCUUUGUGGCGUCUGCUCCGCUGAUGGCCAGUGCUUCGAGGUCUGCAAUCCAGACGACUGGGCCAAGAACCAGACCUGCGUGGGUGCCCCUACCCUCUUUGGCGCGAUGUGGCAAAGAGCGAAACCCUGUCGGGCGGAGCAGUGGCCGGCACGGUAG